AUGCAUGUGGAUAUUGAUGCCACAUGUCCCGUGUGUCAAGUUAGCAGGGAAUCUAUCAACCAUUGCUUAGUAGAGUGCCCUUUUGCGAGAGCCAGUUGGGCUCGCACAGACAUCGGUGUUAGCACUAUUGUGGAUGGGACCUUCUCUGCUUGGUUGGAGUCACUAUUCAAGAUCUUUGAUGAGGAGCAGAGGAAAAUUAUAGCUAUGACAUGUUGGGCUCUAUGGAGGGUGAGGAAUGAUUGUGUGUGGAAGGGGAAAGUUGCAAGAGUGGCCACUGUGACAAACUUGGCUAAACACACUCUUGUCCAGUGGACAAAAGCUCAAGAUAAGUUUGAAGUGCCAACCGCAACAUUCUUGACUAAAGAAGAUGGAGCUGAGUCUUGGAGAAAGCCUGCUGCAGGUAUUGUCAAGAUUAAUGUUGAUGCAGCGCUGUUUUCUGAUUCGUCAACAUAUAGUUUCGCAUGUGUGGCUCGGAACGACCAGGGCCAUACUUUGGAAGCUAUUACAUGUUGUCGGAAUGGGGUGGUGUCUCCUGAAUUGGUAGAAGCAAUGGGGAUGAGAGAGGCACUAAGUUGGAUCAAGAAGAAAUCUUGGGAUAAGGUUAUUAUUGAGACUGAUUGCCUCACAGUUGUCCAAGCCCUUCGUAGUGCAAUUUCUAUGGACUCCUACUUCGGGAGUUUAAUCAAGGAGUGUAAGGGUUUGUGGAAUGAUGAUAAGAAUAUUAGAAUUUUCUUUGUUAAGCGGUCUGUGAACAGUGUUGCUCAUGCUCUUGCUAGAGCUUCCUGUCAUGUUGCUGACUGUACUAUCAGGGGAGGGGACUUCUCUCCUGCUAUUCUUGAUGAGGAAGUCCAAGUUGCAACUGAGGAACAAGCUAUUGCAACUGCAUCGAUCAAGUUACACAAGAUUUUUCUGGCGGCUAGAGGCAAGAGGCUUGGAGGUGCUUCAUUGAUCGACGAAUGUGCUAGAUCUUGGCUUGAAGGCGCUUCAGUGAUCGACGAAGGUGCUAGAUCUGGGAUUGGAGGCUAG